AUGCGCUUCGCCAGCUCCUUCUCCGCUGCCAUUCUAGCCCUUGGCUUCUCUACCUCAGCGGCUUCUUUAGAGAUUCGCCAAGCUACCCUCUUGCCCUUCGAGGUGACCAAUAUCGUGACUAGCAGUCCGCCAGGCCGACCUGGCAGUACCCCAUGGAGUUAUAUUCGUGCGAACUUCACCGAUCCCAAUUCGUACAGUUUCACUCAAGGUACACAUAAUGGGACUGUUCCAGCAGGCCUUCAAGGCAUCAACUGUGAGGCAAGGUGGUACAGGGGAGAGUCUCCCGUAGGUCGCACCUGGCCUUGCAAUUCCGUGGAGCAGGGCCACUUCGCGCUACAAGUCUUUCCGGGUACUGGUGCUUCUGCUUAUGUGAAUGACUUUGAGUUGAAGUUCAUACAUGGAGUGGAGCCAGAGGCACCGAUCUCCAACAUCUUCGAAAGAUUCGAAGCAAACGGCUCGUUCAAUUCGGCAGACAACUUGAAUGGUAGAUGUUCUUCAGGUGGUAAUUGUAACUACAGUUUGAAACCAGCACGUGAGUAUCACUUACAGCAGAUCAAGUCGGUAAUAGGCACUAACGAUUGUGCCAUACACAGUGAAGCCAGUCUUGCUCCCAGCCACAGAAACGGCUCCAGUAACAGGUUGAAGCAUCCGACGCCGUGCCUUCGCAAAUCUACUUGGCUCGAAAGUGGAGUCGCUCGGUUCACAAGUCCUCUCUUGUUACAGACCACCAUGUACUAUAUAGACCACUCUCACACUGAGGGAGCGCAAUACCAGCUGCGAACCUCAAGCCGGUAUCAGUGGCCUUCAAAACAGAAUGAAAUGAUUUACUCGGGCUAG